CAGCAGAUAAGGUUGGCCUCCACGCUGCCUGUGUAUACACACAGAGGCGGAGCGAGGAGCACACAGGCUGCUGGAGGCUCAGAGGAAAAGUUUUAGAGCCGUUCGGCGCCGUUCACUCCGACUCUAAACAAGUGUGGAUACUCUGAUGAUGCCUGUGUGAACUCAGAGCUAACGGCCGUCUCCAUGUGACAAAAGUAAGUGUUGGUUCAAGGCAGCGCGCGCUCAAACUUUGGAAGUUUGUUUGCACACUUUUGGGAGCCAGUGUUUUCCUCAGUAACCAGGAAGAAGGAAAAAAGGGGCAAAAGGAAGUUAAGAAGAUUUUUUCCCCCUUACCGAACUCUUUUUCAUUGUUCUAUGUAUACCAAGAUGGAAACUACUUUCUAUGACGACUCACUCAACGCUUUCUCCCAGCACGACAACGCAGGCUACGGAUACAGCAACUCCAAAGCGCUGAAGCACAACAUGACACUGAACCUGUCCGACCCCACUGGCUCUCUCAAGCCGCAUCUACGCGCUAAAGCCGGGGACGUGCUCACCUCCCCUGACGUGGGUUUGUUGAAGCUGGCCUCCCCGGAGCUAGAGAGGCUCAUCAUCCAGUCCAGUAACGGACUCAUCACCACCACCCCGACCCCGACCCAGUUCAUGUGCCCCAAGAAUGUCACCGAUGAGCAGGAGGGCUUCGCGGAGGGAUUUGUCAGGGCUCUGGCCGAGCUCCACCAUCAGCACAUGCCUGCCACAACUUCAGCUCCCCAGAGCAGCGUUAACACCCUGCCGCCUGUGUCAUCUGUUGCCGGGGCCACCGUUUACACCAACAACACCGCCAUGCGCGCUGACUCACCAGUUUAUGAGGACUUGAACACUUUUAACCCGGCCAUCAGCACCGUUUCGGUACCAAAUUACACCACCUCGGCCCCGACCAUGUCCUUCCCCGACCAUGUCCUUCCCCGCUGCCCCAUUUACGGCCAGCCGUCCUCCGCCCAGCUCCCCAGGCUCUCUGCGCUCAAAGAGGAGCCCCAAACGGUGCCGGAGAUGCCCGGAGAGACCCCUCCUCUCUCACCAAUCGACAUGGAGAGCCAGGAGCGCAUCAAGGCGGAGAGAAAGCGCAUGAGGAACCGCAUCGCUGCCUCCAAGUGCCGGAAGAGGAAGCUGGAGCGGAUCUCAAGGCUGGAGGACAAAGUGAAGAACCUCAAGUCCCAGAACUCCGAGCUGGCCUCCACUGCCAACAUGUUGCGUGAGCAGGUGGCCCAGCUGAAGCAGAAGGUGAUGAACCACGUCAACAGCGGGUGCCAGCUCAUGUUAACGCAGCAGCUCCAGACCUUCUGAGGGGUUGUCAGCGGCGACGGAGAGAGAAAAGACUGGAGUUGGUGGAACUGGGACGCUUCCUGUGAUUUCCCAGCAACUCGUGCAGGAUUUGGGACGAUGUGGAGCUGUGACUCUGGCAGGAUUGGGGCUGCUGAUGUGGAGGGCGCUCCCCGGCGGCGCGUCCCAGAGAAGGGCUCGGGACAGUGACAGUAGCCAUGAACCAGACGGGGACCUGCAACGAGCAGGACACCUCUCUGUUUGUUUUGUUUUACAGAACCAAACAGGACUGAAUUUUCUUGAUUUAUCUCCAGCUCUGCAUGGACCUCAUCUCUUAGGAGAAGUUCAGCAGUGGACCUGAAAAAUCUUCAGAGACUUUUCUUGCUGUAGCCAUAAUGGUCUCAAACUUGAGUCAACACUAAAUGGAUUUAAUAUGUAACAAAUGCUGCCGACCUGAGUUACAGAACAUCUUUUUCUUAAUUGUAAGAAAUUAAGUUAGACAAGCUUCAAGACUUACUUGUUUUUUUCUAAAGCUGUUCAAUGGGGUUUCACUCAUUAUUAUUAUUAUUGUUAUUAUUAUUAAUAUUAUGUGUAUAUAAGAUCAACUUGGAGUACUUAUGUUUACUUUUGUUAUAAAAACUGUAUAAUUUUUUUUAUUUUUUUCUGAGCACUUCAGAAAUGAAUCAAUAUUUAAGAGAAUAAAGCAGAUCAAUUGAA